GUCUUUCACAUGCACCACAGUUUGUAAAACACGUUUAACUGUUUUGAUGUGAACUAUGAUGGUUUUGGGUUAGGAUUAUUGGUAGGAUAGUACUUCGUGCGAAAAAGCACAUGGUCGAAGAAGAUGGACAAAACAACCAGCUGCCCUCCCUGCAAAGUGAUAAUAGAAAUUCAUCCGGAAGCUUUAUUUAGCGUGUACACCCCUUUGAAAACUUUAAAGCGGCUCGUCGGCUUUUAUGACCUGGAAGACGUGGUUAGUCCUGGAAGCAUAACGCCUCACUUGAAAAAGAGGUAGAGCCAAACCCUUUCCCCUCCCCGAGAGGGGCCGGACGGGUCAAGCAUUGUGUUUCAGUGGAAGUGGCUGGCGGACUUCGGAUUUGCUUCACGCUUCUGCGGAGUUGGUUUCUCUUUAAAACUUAUUUUAGGUCACUGACUCGCUGCAUUCCAGAAUGGGCAAAGCGCUCGAACUCAAGAGAUGUCGAUGUGGAACCACGUUGCAGAAGGCAGACGUUCACCCCAUGUGUCUCAUGUGUUUGGGUUCUUCGCAUAAGCCGUCGUCUUGCCGUUUUUGCUUGCAAAUGACCGCCGUCUCCAUUAAGGCUAAAAUAAGGAAGCUUAAAAUGGCAAUGCACAAAUCUACGGCUAGCCAUGGGGACCAACGUAAUUCGUAUUCGAAUUGCCAUCAACUAACCAAAUCGGAAUCCGAGUGCAAAGGGGAAUUUAAUGUUUCCCGAUUAAUUAGGGAGCUUAAUCGACGGCAGACAUCAAUGGAACCUUUUUACGACGAUCGGCUAACCCCAUCGGCAUCGGAGCAGCCUCCACUUUUUCGUCAUUUAACAGGCUCUCGAAUGCAGAAAGUCCCACAGGGGCAAACCAGAAAGCCGGAUUGUCCUAGUCCACGCCCAACGGAGAAUUCAGGGUCGAAACGCACGGCGUGCAAUGCUUUUCACCCUAUGGAGUUGAAUGCACAAGUGCAGUGUGAAAAUGAAUCAGUUGGAGUAGAAACUACAGAUCACAGUCCCACUUUAAAGUCUGAUUUUCUUCAUGUUGAUCUGGUUAACAACAAAGAAGUGACAAAAUUAAAGACUCUGACUCCAAGGGUUGUGCUUUCCAAGCGGAAUUACAGACGUAACUUUACAAAUAAGCAAAACAUUUUAAUUACAGAGUUUAUUGUUGCUCAUGCAGAACAGCUUUUUGGACAACAGAGAGAAAAUGGUCCUGUCUCGAGGCGCCUGUGGAUGAACUUGACAUCACAAGUAAAUGCUAUAGAAGCAAAUUCAUCAAAGACCUGGAAACAGAUAAAGCAGCGUGCAUUUCGAAUCCGCAGUCAUGUUCUGGCAAAAAGAGAAGCACUGACAAAAAAGAAGAAUCAACAAUCCAUGUCUCCCCUUAAUGAUAAUGAGAAGAUUAUUCUAUCGGUGACAGACACAGCCUCCUAUAAUGACUAUGUUAACAAAGGAAAUAAAACAAGAGAAAACACUAGCAAUAAAUCUUUGCAGCCUCUGAUUGGUUAUCGGUCACAAAGUGGAUUUAGAAAAAAGAAUACUCCACACCAGUCUCCCUCAAUUCAUAGCACAGAACCACUGGGCGAUACCUUAGACUCCAACAGAGUAGAAAAAGAGGUCAUUCAAACUCCAGAUGUCUGCAGGAAUGAUCAACAAAAAGUCCUAGAAAAUAUAUUAAAUUGCUGUCAGAUGAUGUGUGAUGCUAUUUACAAGCUUGAUACCAAAUUUGGCCAUCUGGAAGAAAGUGUUUCGGCAUUGUACAGAGAGCAUCAGCAGUUUAUGGAGAAUCAUAAAGCAAUGUUGGUGCAAAAAGAUAACUCAAAAGAGAGAAAAUUGGGGCCAGGGAAAUCACAUCAAGCCACUGAUCGAUCUUCAGAAACAAAGGAAACGCCUGUGCUUUUGGAGGUGUCAGCAAGGGAGGACUCUCUUAAAAUGCCAAAACUAGAAUGUGAAUAUUCAGUUUCCUGUAAUCAGAAGGAUCAGUGUACAAGUCCUCCAAAGCUCACUCCGGCUACUAGGAUCUGCAGCUCUCCUCCACUCCUUGAGCCUCAAGGUAGACAAGGACCACUCGUGCAUCAAAUUAUCUCAUCUUAUUUCAAAGAACAUCCACUACCUAAGGUUAAUGGUGAACCCCAAGAGUCCCAUCCCAUUAAGGAAAGGAUUACAGUAAAGAAGAUGGUUAGUACUGACAAGAAAGUAUCUUCAUCAGUAUUGAACUAUUUGCCGACCGGGAAUAACUUGAGUACAGAAGAAAAAUUACUUGGGAAUCCCAAAAGAAAUGUCAUAAUUUCAUCCAGUGCAUUGUUGAAUGCUUCCAAGUCAAAAACUCCACAAGAUGCAGCACAACUUCUGCUCGAAGCCCUCUUUUCUAAAGAGACCCUGGCUUCCAGAACAGUUACUGGUGAUACCUCACAAGGCCUACCGCAGUUAGAUCCAAACAAAAUUGCUGCAAUCAGAGAGUGGUUAGAAGACAAUUUUCCUUCCUUUAAUUUAAGUUUACGUGGGAAGCACUGGAUUGGCUGCAUUUCAGUAAUGAAUUCCCUCACAAGGCAAAAACGUUGUGAGGAAAGAAUAAAAGUAAACGCUGAACACCUCUCUGAAUGAAGGAGGAGAGCAGGAUUCCCAAGUCUGUGUUGUGCUCGAGUCUGAUUAGGAAGGAGUGAAAUGGAGAACGGGAGGGAGCACCUUGAAUGGAGUCGGCUUGUAUAAUGUCAAAGCUUUCUCGGAGUUCUCCUUUUCUUUUGUCUCCCUUAGAAUUUACCCCCCACAGGCCACACUGGAGACCACACUGUGAAGAGCUGGCGUUUGGCAAGUGCAAUUUUAACUUGGAUGUGUACAGCAUUAAAAAAACAUUACCUUCUUUAAUGAAAUGGCAGAUUUUUAAAAAUGAUUUCCCAAAUUCUGGACAUUUAGAAGCCAAUAUGUGUUUUUUUUUUUUUUUUUUGUAAGCACAACCAAAUCUGCAGUUUUCCAACACCAUGAAAUGUUUUAAUUUUAUGAUGGCAUCUGCUGCUGUGUUUUAAAGAACUGUUCAGUGAUUCAUGGUCGGCUCAGUUCUAACGCACACUGUGAAGAAUGAGGUGUAGACAAUACACUUGCGAUGUGUCAUUUGUGUUUGAAAUACUUUUACGUACGGACAUUUAAAAUAUCAUCGUAAGCAGUAAAUGAUGGAUGAUGUCAGUGUACAGCAUGCAUGGUGCCAUCUUGGAUUAUUUGGGAUAUCCUUGAUAUGGAAGAUCAAUUGGAAUGAAAUUUUGUUAUAAAACAUUGUCCUUUUUAUUUUUAAAUAUAUUAAACUUUGGAGGAGUUCCUUUUUUUUUUGUACAGUUGAUAUGAGCAUCAAGCAGUUUGAAAUGGAUUUAAUGGUACAGUACAUAUUUAAAGCCGAAUGAACAAACAUGCUGUGAAAGUUCUGUUCAAAACUUUUAACUGUUUUUGCUUUACAGAAACCCUUUUUUGAAAAAAUAAUGGAUAAAGUAAAAUUCUGCUGCAGAAAAGAAGUGUAUAACUGUUGUCUAAUCGGUUAAAACAAACCUAUCACAUUCUUCUUUAUCUCUGGAAUCAUUUCUGAAGUGAAAAUUUGAGCAGGGAUGAGUUUUAAAUCCAUCAGACAACAGGUAAUGCAGACACUCAAGCCUAGGAACAGAUGAAUGGAAUGGAGAAUAAAAUGUAAUAUUUGAAAGAAAAGGAGAAAAUGAGAUGUGAAGCUUUGGUAAUUCUGUUUCUUGCCUAGCGUUGGGAAAGUGGAAACGGCUGCUGCUCUUGACCAAUUGCAGUCAAGGAAGAUGAUCUGAAGUCUUGGCUUCUACAUGAAUGGCUCUUGAUGUAUGGUAGAUGAAAAAAUGAAAGCUUCGGAGUGUGCUGAUAACCAUACCUUACAAAAGAAUUCUUCGCAUCUUAUCUAUCUAUCUUUUAGAAACAUGUCCCCCUUCAAAUUGUGUGUUGGCUGAUAACGCUCAUCUGCCCAUAGGCUUGGCCAGCUAUGUGAUGAAUGCAGAGCAGAUGUUUAGUCAGAUGUUGGGUUGUGCUGCAUUAAGUGACUACAUACAGUAGAUGCCGAUGGCCAAACAGGUUUUAAUUUUUACAUGUAUAAAUGUGCUAAAACAUGCUCAUGAGUAAUCUAGAAUAAACUUAGUUGGCUAUUAAGAGAAACCCUAAUGUGAAAAGUAACCUUGUGUUAACUUGAAAUGGAAGCCUUUGUAAUGUGGCUUACUCUCUGUGUCAUCCUCUCAAUUUUUAUUUUUACCAUUUGUCCCCUUUCUUCACAAGUUGAGUACAGCAGACCGUAUUGGCAGAUUGUCUUAGGGUUUUUAUUUUUUAAUUGUACAUUUGUUUAGUAGUUCAGCCAAUCGAUGAAGUUGGUUUUUUUUUUGGUACUCGCUGUGCUGGUCAUCUAAGUAGUCAGCAUGGAACUCGGCAAAAGUGUUUCCGAAGGGUUUUUACUCAUGUCCGCAACAUGGCCUUGUUCUGCCAUAGUAUACAAGUGGCUUUUAUGUUAAGUAGAGAAUCCUCAUUUGUGCCAAGGAAACAUUCUUACCAUUACACUGUCGCCACAAGCAUGUUCCACUGACACAAAGGAUCCAUAGACUCUUGCAAGGUACACCAAACUCUACCACAAGUGGCUGCAAAAACAGAUUCAGCAGAGCCAGAGACCCUUUCCCAGUUAUCCUUUAUCCAGUUUUGGUGACCACAUGCCCAGUGUAGCCUGAUCUUCCUGUAAUGUGGUGUGGUUUGCUGCUGUAGUCUAUCUCCUUCCAAGAAUCGACAUGCCACGCGCUCAGAGCAAUCCUCUCCAUUGCUUUUUUAGAAAUGAGGAGUCCAAUAGGAUGAUGGGGUUGAGGGAAAUUCUCUUUAGCUUACUUACUGACUUGGUAGCCCCUGGUUUGUAGUCAUCCUUAAGCAGCUCUUUUUCAAUCCAGAAUUGAACUUUAGGAGUGUCAGUACUUUGCAACCCAAAGAAUCUUUUCAGUGAUAUGCUUUAUUAAUCGCAGAGGGGAAAAUUGUCUUUGCAUGACCUUUGGGGGUCAGCUAUUGUACAGCACCCCUGGAGCAAUUUUUAAGAUAUUUACUUGCUUUAUUGGAACAGAGUAAGAUGUUACAGUGGUGCUAGUACAAUUACAAAGGUUUCUCUAAUAAUCAACAUUACAACAUGAUUAAUUAAGGAUGUGCUACUUUAGGACAAUGGAAUUAUGGCUGCCUAACAUGGCUUUACUGUCAUAUGCGAAUAGUAAAUUGUAGCAAUAAAAGCCAGUUGAAACAUUA